GAACCUUUAUCAUACAUCUCAGUCGAGCCAUCUUCUCAUCCGUACAACCUCAUCAGCUUCAUAGCUAUCAUUGCAUUCUCAUAUUCAAACUCCUUGCUAUACUCCUUGAUAUCUAUUUCAACAUAUGCUAGCCCUUAACCCCCGUAUACGAACACUCUCAUGGAUAGAGACCUUCCUUCAACCACUUAGGUAGACAAUAAGCUGUAUACUCCCAUCGAAACCUUGCUGGAUUAUCACUUAGGUAUCAAAGCUAAUAUAAGACCUGACCGUGAUUCCCUACCCCCUACACAUCCACAAUGUCCCAAUCACACAUCCAAAUCUUCCCCCAACCCAAAUACGACCCAGUCCCCUCCACCGAACCCGACAUCGAAGCCACAUCCUCCCCCUCUCCUUCCCCCUCAUCAUCCUCGCGCAGCACCUCUCUCAACUUCUCCAUCCCCUCUCCCCACGAGCUCCAGCGCACCGUGCGCUCGACCCUCGGCCAGUGGCGGGAAGAGUACAUCUACAGCGGCUUGUGCCUCCUCGCCGCCUCGCUCCUCAUGCUCCUCAUGUACGCGUUCGACGGCCAGCCGGCGCCACAAUGGAGUUCCAACCUGCAAUACGGCACCGUGAUCAUCGCCGUCAUGAGCUGUUUCCGGCUGGCCCUCAAGGCCGUGCUCGAGUCGUGCAUCGCCCAGGGCGCCUGGAUCUGGGUCUCCGGGUUCCGUAAGGGCCGCGUCGAGGCCAGGAUCGAGGACUUCAAGAUGUUCGAUGAGGCCGCGACGGGGUUGUGGGGGAGCUUGGUGCUGAUUUGGCGGAUGAGGGGGAGACACCUUGCGUGUGUUGGUGCGGCCAUUAUGAUCCUAACCCAGGGCUUCGAGACAUUUUCGUCGGGAAUGGUUGGAUUCGAGGAGUCGCCUAUGCAAUUUUUCGUUCUGCCUCCUCCUAGGGCAGAAACAUGGCAUAAUGUUGGUCCAAAAGGCAAGGGUGGCGAUACAUCCUUGGAACUCUCAACCAAAGCCGCAAUUUACGACGGUAUUAUAACCCAGACUAUGUCGUCAAUUCCGGUGUCAUGCCCGACGCUAGAUUGCACGUGGCCCCCUUUUCCCACGUUGGCAGUAUGCGGGAAAUGUAGCGGAUCACAAGUUAAGACUAUUUGCAAUCCGCAAGGUGGAUGUACCUACACAACGCCCUCAGGAACCUCGAUAUCCCGCCAAGAUGUUGCAGACUCCGGCUUUAGAUUUGAAGUUGCUCCAGUCAACGGCUCGACGAACGCUUUUGCUUCAAAUUCGCAAUCCCUGAUCUCCGUCUUCGACAUGCUAUCCGUAUCGCAAAUAUCUUCGGGGACCAGGGUCCAGGCUUACGAAUGCACCUUAUGGUUCUGCCUCCAAAGUCUCGGCAUCACAGUGGCAAAUGGCAUUCAAACCGAUACCACCAUAUCGAGUUGGUCAAGGACGGAUUCCUCCAUGGAAGGCAAUGCCCCUUUUGACGAACUCACCUUCGUAGAUAUCCCGCCCGACCUCUACGUGCAUAAUCGAACCCGCUACUCCAUUCCUACGGACUCCAUUCAAGCCUCGAGAACUUUCAUAAACUCACUAAUAGCAGGCAACGCAUCCGGCCCCGAAGGUGCAAUCCAAUAUUCCUCCGACUCGAUCGAAGCCCUGUGGAACGCAACCCCAGACCUAGACCCCUGGAUAGCGCGUCUCGCACUCAGCAUGACCAACGAAAUCCGGCGGACCGGCGCCCUCAACACGGCCACGAACACGGAAACGAACAAACCGCUCGAGUACGCGGGCACCGCGUACACGACGUCGGCCCGCGUCCGCGUAAAUUGGUACUGGGUGAUCUACCCGCUGACGCUGAUGGUGCUCGCCUUCUGCUACCUGGCGCAGACGGUGUGGCGCACGGCGCGCGACCGCGUGUGCGCCUGGAAGGGCGAUUCCCUGCCCAUGCUCUUCUGCCACGUCGAGCCGGGCGUCUACGCCCAGGUCCAGGACGGCAUGGACGUUCCCGAGGGCCUAGUCGGUCGCGUGGGGAAGAUAGAGGUCGAGCUCGUGCGCCGGGACGACGGGCAUUGGGUUUUCAGGAAGCCUGUCAAUCAUUGAGAUCAUCGAGUCGAGAGUGCGGGUUUCGUGUGUUAGUUUGCGUACGUACCUGAUAAUACGCGGUCUCUCUUUACCUAGGUUGUUCUCUCCGGCAAAUAAAGUAGAUGUCUGGGUAUCACGAUAUUUCUUUGGCA